UUUUUCGGAUACUCAACAAAAAGCUGACUGAUCGCACCAGCUGCGUGCCGUUUUCCACGGGGAAAACUUGAUCAGAAUUUCAAGUAACGAGAGAUGAAGUCUCCCGCAGUUGACCAAGAAGUCCCACAGGAGCAAGAUUCCCGAGAACCUACGGAAGUCUUGCAGACGGUGGCCGCCGGUGGUGCAGAUGAUGAGACACUGUCCGUGGUGGAUGAGGCAGUGAGUGAUGCUCUGGACUCGGAUUUUGGUGCCGGCAUUGAUCCCGAAGGGAAGGAACAAGUCGGUGACGGGGCAGCGGGGUUCGGCGAGACGAUGAAUCAGCUGGCCUUGUCUUCGACCGAAGCCACGGUUCUACGCAAAUCCUUUGACAUGGUCUUGGCAGCCUUGGGGAAUGACCGCGAGGCAUUGGGUGAUGCGAUCUACGGUUUGAAGAUUCACGCACUGGUGGCAAUCAAGGAGCCAUGGGACGGAUCGAGGCCCGACGAGAAACCGCCGAACGACUGGGCAAAAUGUGGUGAGAACGAAAAGGAUGGCGUGCCCAUUUUCGAUGGGAACUCAGAGCUAUACGCGCCGUUUCGGCGCGCGGCUCUCAACUAUGUGGAGACGCUGGAGUGGAAGAAAAGAUCGCUUGCUGGCCCUAGGCUUCAAGCAGCCUUGGAAGGCUCUGCUCGUGUGGCUGUGCAGCAUAAGACGCCUGGCUGGAUUAGUCAUCAGGAGGGUGCCACAAUGCUGCUAGACUUCUUGAAGACAAAAGUCCAAGCUCCUACACUCGCAGAAGCUGGAAAGAUGAUCUCUCGUUUCUUCUACACCAUCAAGCGUCGCAAGGGUGAAUCUAUGAAUGCUUGUGGGUGGUUCGUCACGAUGAGUCUCUCUAUGAGGCCCGACGAACGCUGGCAGAAGCAAUACAAGAGUAUGGAGAUUUGUUUGGAGAGACGUCUUCUCACGAAGGCGUAUCUAAUGCAGGUUCCUUCAAGCCCCUCUCAGCUGUGCAGUCGGGUGCAGGUUUGGAAGAUCAUCUCUCCUCCCGUGAGCACCAUAGUGACGCGCCGUUUGAUGAAGAUGGGCGCUUGCGAGAAGAGAUCUCGCACCCUGGGGAUGGACAGGAAAGCUGACCGCUUCCUUCCUGAUUUUGUGGUGGCAUGGAUACUCCUUCAACGCUCCGGAUUGGACAGCACUGAACGUGGAACCAUCAUUGCAAGCCUUCGCAACAUCUUCACGACUGACAACGUGAAGAAGGCAUUGAAGCUCGCUUGGCCAGAAGAUGACCUUCGUCGUCGCGAUCAGAACCGAGGCACGGCCUUGGCUCUUGACGAGGAUGACUCCAAGGACAUAUUGCUCCAACAGGAUGAGGAAGAGUCUGACUCGGAGUUCUUCGGGCUCCCUUCUGAUGAAGAGAAAGGCGAGUAUGGCCUCCUCUGCAGUGACGUGGACCAUGCUCUUCAAGUCUUCCAUCAGGCCAAAAGGACUUUAAAAGAUGCUCGUGAGCGCCAAAGCACUUAUCUGAAGAACCGACAGUUCUAUCCCAUCAAGCGUGAUGGUGCCCUCUGCAAAGGCAAAGGCAAGGAAACAGCUUGCAAAGGGAAAGCCUGCAAAGUUGACAACAUGGAGGCUCUGGCAGCUAGCAAGGACAAGCUUCUCCUUUUCAAGAAGUCUUUGGAGAAGGCGUCACCAAGCAGCCAGCUGACUGCCACUUUGGAGGAGCUAAACUCCUUGGAGCGCAGGCUGGGGAGCAGGAAGGUCCAUUGGAUGGAUGCGCUGUCUGCUUCGCCGAAGGAAGAACAUCAGACAUGCCCAGAGACCAGCUACAAGGCAGCGGUCAAAGAGCUGAAUGCGGUCAGUCAUCGCAAGGAUUCACUGCGGCAGUAUCUUCAAGAUCGCAAUGUCAAGAUGACUGGCAACGAGACCAUUCCUCAGCUCUUGGGCCUUGGUCUUCUCAUGAUUGGCGAGAAGAUUCCAGGGCAUUCCGAGGAUUCCCUGGACUUUGGCUCUCACGCGAACAAGACCUAUGGCAUGAUGAAGGGCGCAAGCUAUGCCGAGUGGGUGAUCACCACCUACCACGAGUCCGGGGGUCACGAGGGCACGAGCAACUGGCGCCUCAAGCGCUUUGCGGAGUGGCUGAUCAACGUGAGUCAUCCGACUCCCAAGACAGCGGCCCCAGUGACUCCCAAGAAGACCGCCGGCAAGAUUCAAGUGUCCAGUCCAGACAUCACAUCGGACUCCUCCUUCAGCAAGGUCUCGAUGACCAAGAAGAAGGGCUGGAGGCUGGAGGAAGGCCCUGUGCCCUUCUUGCUUCCACACGAAAAUUUGUCAGACUACAUGUACCAACAGGGUGCCAAGGCAGAGGCCAUGCCUGAUGAAGGCAGUACCGCCAAGUCCAUUCCAGUACCUCCCAGAUCAGAGGAGGAGGAAAUGCUGUCGGACAACGAGAUCAAGAUCCAGGGGCUGGAGAGCCAGCUGCAGGCCGUGAAGGGAGCGAGCAAGCGCGAGAAGCGCGCCACCAUUUUGGCGGCAGAAGCGGACAAGCGUGGGUGCUUGUUCGUGGUUGAACUCUCGGAGAGGAUGAAUCCAAGCAAGAUGAACUUGAACAUGAUACCGAGGAAUAUGUUCCUGAAUGGAUGGAUGACUUAUCCUCAAGGAGGAAAUCUGCAAGACAUUUGGGCUCCACCAGUGAAACGUGCCUUCACCAAGACUCCUGGUGUGAAGAGAAAAGAACAAGACUUCCUGAUGGAACCGUCCAGGAGGAGAAGAAGAAAGAUGGAACAAAACCGGACUCCGACCUCCUGGUCCUACUUGCUGCCGCCUCACGAACUCCUUCACAGCACAUCUGUUCAAGACGCCUGCGUCGCGAUCGAGAUCGAUCUGCCUUCAGACAGAGAUCUUAAAAAGAAAGGAUGGAUGAGAGAUUUUAGCAGUUUUUUGGUGAACCAGGUGAAGAAGAACCACGUUGAGGUGCUAGAGAGAUAUCUCACGGAAGAAGAGAAGAAGCUAUUCGUAGCUGCAAAAGAUGUCAAAGUCAAGAACUUCAUCUUGGCAAAGGUCUUUGAAUGCCUACCAGACCACAUGAUGCCAGAUCCCUCACAGGUGAUCAGAAUGCGCGGGGUAUUGACUUGGAAGGUGAACCCAGAAACCUCAGCCAAGAAGGCCAAGGCCCGUGUCGUGGUCCUUGGAUAUUUGGAUCCAGACUACGGGAGAAGACCUUCUGCAAGUCCAAGUCCCGCACUUCAUGACAGCUCUUCCUCCAGUGCGCCGCAAGUUUUGGAUUCUCCAUUGAGAAGGGCGACGCCUCAGGAGCGCGAACUUGAUGUGGUCUCUCCGGUGUACUGGGUUUCUUCCAAGAUUACUCGGGUAUGUGUGUUAGUGAGCGACAGCAAGAAUGUCUUCGACUGGCUGAAUCAGACCAUGCUGACACUUCGUGGCGCUGAAAAGCGCAACGAUUUAGAGACUCUAUGCCUCAAGGAGGAGAACUUCACAACGCCCCGUGCAGUGGUGUCCCUCCGCUUUUUCAAUUGCUUCCGCUUGCUCCUAGAGAAGGCCGAAGACCCCAACGAGCUGAAAAUAUAUGUGGAAACCUUGGCCUUCAAGCUCCUUGGACGUGAAGGUAUUGUUGGGGAUGGUGGAUCGGUUUUAGGGUUGGCCGAAAUUUGUGCGGUGGGUGUUACCUAG